UGCCUCUCCAACCCUCCUUCACCAAGCAACAACAACAGCAUUAGCCUUACACUAAUAUCUUCCAUCUCUCUUUGAGUUCUCCAACACAUCAAACCAUGGUGUUAUCUAAGACAGCAUCUGAAACUGAUGUCUCAGUUCACUCCACUUUUGCCUCUCGUUAUGUCCGAACCUCACUGCCCAGGUUCAAAAUGCCAGAAAACUCCAUACCAAAAGAGGCUGCGUAUCAGAUCAUCAAUGAUGAACUGAUGCUUGAUGGCAACCCAAGGUUGAAUCUUGCCUCUUUUGUUACUACAUGGAUGGAGCCUGAAUGUGAUAAGCUUAUAAUGGACUCCAUUAACAAGAACUACGUUGACAUGGAUGAAUACCCUGUCACCACUGAGCUUCAGAAUCGUUGUGUGAACAUUAUAGCACAUCUUUUCAACGCACCAUUGGGAGAGUCAGAGGCAGCAGUUGGUGUGGGAACAGUUGGGUCAUCGGAGGCAAUCAUGUUGGCUGGCCUUGCUUUCAAGAGAAAAUGGCAAAACAAGCGUAAGGCUGAAGGCAAACCAUAUGACAAGCCCAAUAUCGUGACUGGAGCCAAUGUUCAGGUUUGCUGGGAGAAAUUUGCAAGGUACUUUGAAGUGGAGUUGAAAGAAGUGAAGCUUAGAGAAGGGUACUAUGUGAUGGAUCCUGUCAAAGCAGUGGAAAUGGUUGAUGAAAACACCAUCUGUGUAGCUGCAAUCUUGGGUUCAACCCUCAAUGGAGAAUUUGAAGAUGUCAAGCUUCUAAACGAUCUUUUAAUUAAAAAGAACAAAGAAACUGGAUGGGAUACCCCAAUUCAUGUUGAUGCAGCUAGUGGUGGAUUUAUUGCGCCAUUUUUGUACCCAGAACUUGAGUGGGACUUUAGGCUCCCCCUUGUGAAGAGUAUUAAUGUUAGUGGGCAUAAAUAUGGUCUUGUUUAUGCUGGAAUUGGUUGGGUUAUCUGGAGGAACAAAGAAGACUUGCCUGAAGAACUCAUUUUCCACAUUAACUAUCUUGGAGCUGAUCAACCAACUUUCACUCUCAAUUUCUCUAAAGGUUCUAGCCAAGUCAUUGCUCAGUACUACCAACUAAUCCGUUUGGGAUAUGAGGGAUACAGAAAUGUGAUGGAGAACUGUCAUGAAAACGCCAUAGUCCUUAAAGAAGGAUUGGAGAAAACAGGGCGUUUUAACAUCGUGUCAAAGGACAAUGGGGUUCCACUGGUGGCCUUCUCCCUCAAAGACAACAAGCGUCAUGACGAGUUCGAGAUAUCGGAGACGUUGCGUCGCUUCGGUUGGAUCGUGCCAGCCUACACCAUGCCAGCCGAUGCACAGCACAUCACUGUGCUCCGUGUUGUGAUCAGGGAGGACUUCUCCCGCACCUUAGCCGAGCGUCUCGUCCUUGACAUCCAAAAAGUGCUCCAUGAGCUCGAUACCCUCCCUGCAAAGGUCAAUGCCAAACUGGCUAUGGCUGAAGAAGAGGAGGCCAAAAGUGGCACCGUCGUCAAGAAGACUGCUAUUGAGACCCAAAGGGAAGUUGCUGCUUUCUGGAAGAAAUAUGUCAGUGAGAGAAAAAUUAACAAGAACAAAAUUUGUUAGAAUUUGUUUUCUAACCCCCCCCCCCCCCGGCCCCGCUUCCCUUUUUCCUUUUAAUUUUUAGUUUUUGUUUCUCGCCAUGUUUGUUUUCCCCAUUUUUUUCAAGCUUCAGCAUGUUGAGGAAACUAGCUUAAAGACUACCAAUGAAUGCAUUUGAAUCGAACCUUUCGUGUACAAUUCUAUUUUAUUUUGGAAUUCUGAAUCUCAUUAAGAGAUUUAGACUUCAAUAAAGUUAAUGUGAUGUUGAGGUAUUUAUGCAUUAAUAGAAUAUUUUUAUAUUA